UUUUGGGCUGUCAGAAUUCACCAAAACGAUAACAAACUUCGGCUUGUUGUGGCUACGUGUUUUUCCAGCAUACGAUAAAAAAAAUCUCUUCUGCAUGUUUGCACAGCCGGAAGCUCAUUUGCAUUAACUCCUCGGCUUGCGGCCGGUUCUGCAUUAACCAAAAAGCCAAAACAAAACGCGAAAGCACGUGUGCUGUAGUGACCAAAAGUAUGCGGUUUCUUGAUUCGCUGCGACGGCUAGAUGCUUACCCGAAGAUAGACAAUGAAUUUAGCAUACGCACCGUUAGCGGAGCGGCACUUACGUUGAUUAGCUCGAUUGUGAUAGUCACCCUAGUGAUAGGCGAAAUCAAUGCCUACCUGUCGCCGAACGUUUCGGAGGAGCUGUUCGUGGACACGACACGGGGACACAAGCUUAAGAUUAAUCUAGAUUUUACCAUCCCCAGAAUAUCCUGUGACUACGUUUCGUUGGAUGCGCAGGAUUCAACCGGCGAGCAGCAUUUGCACAUCGAACACAACAUCUACAAGCGAAGGCUGGACCUGCAGGGCAACCAGAUCGAGGAGCCCAAAAAGGAGGACAUUCAGGCGUCCACGAAACGUAUCUCAAGUACGGAGGCCCCGGCAACGACCACGGUCAAACCCGCCUGCGGUAGCUGUUACGGUGCGGCUAAAAAUGCGUCCCAAUGCUGCAACACCUGCCAGGAAGUUAUCGAUGCGUACCGCGAGCGCAAGUGGAACCCGAACGUGGAGGACUUUGAGCAGUGCAAAAACGGAAACGGCGGCAGUGUGGAAGGGAAAGCGUUCAGCGAGGGCUGCCACAUCUACGGCACGAUGGAGGUGAACCGGGUCGAGGGCCGGUUUCACAUUGCGCCCGGCAAGAGCUUCUCCAUCAACCACAUCCACGUGCACGACGUGCAGCCGUACUCGUCGUCCCGGUUCAACACCACGCACCGCAUCAACACGCUGUCGUUCGGGGAACAGUUCGGGUUCGGUACUACCCGCCCACUGGACGGACUGAUGGUGGAGGCCACGGAAGGUGCGAUGAUGUUUCAGUAUUACAUCAAGAUUGUUCCCACCAUGUUUGUGCCGCUGAAUGGACCGACGCUGUACACGAACCAGUUCUCCGUCACGAAGCACCAGAAAAGUGUGACGGCAAUGAGCGGCGAAACGGGCAUGCCGGGCAUUUUCGUCAACUACGAACUGUCGCCGCUGAUGGUUAAAUUUACCGAAAAGCGAAACUCCCUUGGUCAUUUCGCUACCAAUGUAUGUGCAAUAAUCGGCGGAAUCUUUACGGUGGCCGGCAUCAUCGACUCGUUGCUCUUUACCUCGAUACACGUGAUCAAGCGCAAGAUUGAACUUGGAAAGGCCAGUUAAUGCUUUCGGUCCAUGUCUGCAUUUACCAGUGAAUCUCCUUUUCUCUCUCUCUCUACACACACACAAACAUGCCCUCCAGUCGUUUUGCGGAAAAUGCUUUUUUUGUUCACCUACUACCACAGCACUCCUCUCUUUUAUUCGUAACAACGACGUCCACUAGUAGCAUGUAGCAAAGACGCUUCGCGUCCACCAGCCCCCAGUUAGAGGGUUUUCAGGAAGCGAUUGUAACAUUCCAUGUUCGAUUUAGCGACUUCAGCUACAAACUCCUCGUCCGUACCUUCGGCCAGUGAUUUUAGCGGAAUAUAGAGCUCCUUCUUGGGAUCGUACUGCACUUUGCCGAGAAAUUUAA